UUUCGGCCAGCCGCUCUCAAACUUUUUUUUCUCCCCUCCAUCUUUGUCUUUUUGAGAGAGGAAACGAAUGCACUUCUCGUUAAAGAAAGCUCUAUCAUCUACAAAAUCUCCAAAUUAUCAAGUCAAGUGUCGCUUGUUUUUGGUUUACUUUGUUUGAUUUGUGUGUUUCUCCGCGCAACCAAGGCUGAAAGCUCAAAGCUCAAAGCUCGAGCAAAAAGCUCUAGGUCUGGGACAGCUCUCGAGCUCUGGGGCAGCGCGUCAUCGCGCCAUCAUUAUACUUUGUUUGUUCAGCGCAAUCGCAGAGAGCAAUUUCUCGACGCUACUCUUUUCCUGCUUGUUCGCGAUAUUUUUCAAGAACAAAACAACGGCAGCAGACACAAUCAAAAAUGUCAUAUCGAAUCGAGUUAUCGCCCAACAACCGGGCCAACUGCAAUGACACGGUAUGCAAGGCGGCUGCCGAAAAGUGCACCAAGGGCACUUUGCGCUUCGGUAGCUGGUUUGUCAUUCCCCAGUCUGAGCAUGGAAGCUGGAAGUGGAAACACUGGGGCUGCGUCUCCGGCUUCCAGCUCUGCAACGUUCGUGACGCAGUUCAGCAGGAUGACGGAACUUUCGACUGGGAUCUGCUCGACGGCUAUGACGAGCUAAAUGAUCACCCCGAACUGCAGGCCAAGAUUCGCCGUUGCGUAGAGCAGGGUCACAUCGAUCCCGAGGAUUUUAGGGGCGACCCCAAAUUCAACGUCCCUGGCUCAAAGGGCAUUCGCGGACGUGCUAAGGUCACGAAGCUGAAGGCUAAAGCUGAGGGUGAUGAUGAGGAGGAGGGAGAGGAACAAAAGCCCAAGGGCAAGGCUGCGGCAUCCAAGAAGGGAGCCAAAGGUGGUCGCAAGAAGGCCAGCGCUGAAGAUGACGAGGAGGUAGAGGCAGAGCAGAAAACCGGGGCCCCCAAGAAGGGCCGUGGUCACAAGAAGGCCGAGGUGGACGAAGAGGAUGCAGAUGCCGAACCGCCCAAGAAGAAGGGUCGUGGCCGUAAGUCCAAUGCGUCUGUUGCCGCCAAAGAGGAGCCUGAGGAGGAAGAGCCAGCCAAGCCCACCACCAAGAAGGGCGCCCGCGCCAGCCUUGGCAAAUCCACCGACACUCCCAUCAAGGGUGAGGCAGAGUCGGAGGAGAAGCCUGUUAAAAACGGUCGUGGCCGCAAGUCCAACGCCUCGAUCGUCGCGGAGGACGAGGAAUCCGACUCAGCCCCUGUUGCGGAGCCCAAACAGGCUGCUAAGCGCAAGCGGGGUGCCGCAAAGCAGGUUGAGGCUGAUGAACAGGACGAGGACAAGCCGGCUCCCGUUAAGAAGGCUCGUGGACGCCCUAGGAAGUCUGAUACUGUUGUCGAACCUGUCAAAGAUGAGGAGGAUCCCGAGGUCGAGGAAGAUAGCGAGUCCAAGCCCGAGCCGGCUAAACGUGGCCGCAAGCCCAAGGCUGUGGCUGCGGCUGCUGCGCCCAAGAAGACUGCAACCAAGGAAAAGACCGACGGCAGAAGACGGUCUGGCCGUGGUCAGAACAGUUCCUGAGUUCUCGGCAUGUGAAAACUUCAGUUGAUGGCUCGUCGUCAUUUUGACGACAGCAAAGCUAUUGUAACAUCACCCACCAUGAGGCGGUCGACAAGGCCUGUCCCCAUAAUGUCUGAAAUUGUCCUGAUUUCGUUGCCUGAUAUUACCUUGUGUUGUUGGCGAGAUACCUCCCUGGGAUGCCCUACGGCACCGUUUCAUUAUUCGGAACAGCAGAAAUAGUUAGCGCUGCCUUGCAGUUUUGUUUUAUUUCAGCUUAGUUUUGCGGUGAAUUAGUAAGAUAUUGCUGGCAUAGGGACGCUGUGGUUUUUACGAAGCGGAACAAAAUUCGAAUGGAACGUUGAAUCAGGCAGCGCUGGCAUUAUAACGGAAUUCACAAAUGCUAACACGUGCCGCUGUGUAGGUGGGAAAGAGUGGACUGCCGAACAUGUCAUUCUAAUUCAGAUCUAGUUUUGUCUACGCCGUUGUCCAACCCGAUGAACGCGUCUUACAGGUCUCCGAUAACCAAGCCCAUACAAGCCAGC